UGGAGAUGAGGCCUUGGGGAACCACUCCCAGGCUCUCUGAGCAGGCACAGACUCCCCACAGAGGCAGAGAGGCCACCACCCUGGCCUGCCUAAGAAGUGAGGCUCAGAGAGGCCAGGUCAGACCAGUCAGCUCAUCGGGGACAGAUGGGCACCAUGGCCAGGCCCUACCACAGCGGGAGAGCCUGCGACCACCCUCCCCUUGGUCUGGAGGAGCUCCCCUAGAGCCUCAGUGCUUUCUCUGUGUUCCCAGGUGUCUUCCUGCCCCUGUCCCCAGCAGUGGCAAAUGAACCAGUCCUGGAAGAAGUGGGGAUCAUGGCCUUGACACCCCUGGCCGAGAUGCUAACCAGCUUGCAGCCCAGCACCAUGCCGGGCUCACUCAUGAGCCCCCUGACAGGCACCCUCAGCACGCUGCUGUCCGGCCCAGCACCCCUGUCACAGAGCAGCCCCCUCACCGGCUUCCUGACCAGCCCCGUGGCAGGGCCCCCAACGGGCACACUGGCCAGUUCCCUGGGCCUGCCCUCCACUGGCCCCCUGACUCCCAGCAGCCCCCUGGCAGGCCCUGUGGCCGUGUCCCAGAGUAGCCCCCUGAUAGCCCCCGUGACUGGCACAGUGGCCGUCUCUCUGAGCAGCCCCCUCCUCAGCUCCACUGCCACCCCACUGGGGGUCUCUCAGAACCUGCUGGCCAACCCCAUGGGCAACCAGGUCCUGCCAGAGGCCCCAAGGCUGCGGCUGGCUGAGCCCCUCCGCAGAGGCCCCCCUGGGCCCCACUCCCCAGCUUGCAUGGUACCUGCUGCCACCACCAAAGUCCCACUCUCCACUGAGCCCCCCCGGUCGACCCAGGACUCAGAGCCUCUCAGCACGGCGUUUGCAGGCACACCCCUCCAGACCUCCACCCCCGUCGGAGCCAUGGGCACACCUGCUCCCGAGACGGCCUUCUCCUUCAACACUUCAGACACACAGACUCAGCCCAGUGCCACCCAGGAACAAGUGGUCCCUGCAUCUGUCCCCAGCUCCCCCACUACCUCCCCCACAGUCACUGUCCUUGCCUCUGCCCCCGCCCUCACCCCCCAGGUUGCCACCAGCUACACCCCCUCAAGCACCACCCACAUCGCCCAGGGUGCCCCCCAUCCCCCUUCCCGAAUGCACAAUUCCCCAACCCGGAACCUGCCUGCCCCCCACUCUCCUCCACACAACCCCCACUCCCCACCUCGUACAUCAUCCUCCCCGGCUUCAGUCAAUGACUCUCGGGGUCCACGCGCCACGGAACCAUCGAGGAAGAGCAUGAUGGAGGUGGAACGGAAGCUGGCCCACCGCAAGACGAGCAAGUUCCCCGAGAGCGCCCGAGAGUCGAAGCAGCUGGCCUGGGAGAGGCUGGUGGGUGAGAUCGCCUUCCAGCUGGACCGAAGGAUCCUGUCCAGCAUCUUCCCAGAGCGCGUGCGGCUCUACGGCUUCACUGUCUCCAACAUCCCGGAGAAGAUCAUCCAGGCCUCCCUGAACCCCAGUGACCACAAGCUGGACGAGGAGCUGUGUCAGAUGCUCACACAGCGUUACGUGAGCAUCAUGAACAGGCUGCAGAGUCUGGGCUACAACGGGCGUGUGCACCCUGCGCUGACCGAACAGCUGGUGAACGCCUAUGGCAUCCUGCGAGAGCGCCCGGAGCUGGCGGCGUCCGAGGGCGGCACCUACACUGUGGACUUCCUGCAGCGCGUGCUAGUGGAGACCGUGCACCCUAGCAUGCUCACCGAUGCGAUGCUGCUGCUCUCCUGCCUCAACCAGCUGGCGCACGACGAUGGCAAGCCCAUGUUCAUCUGGUGACGCUGGAGCUGGGAGGUCCAGGCUCGCUCAACCCCAUAGUCUUCUGCACAGCCAUUAAAGCUUCCCACAGACGCUG